AUGGGGCUGCCGGGCCCGGGGCUGCCGGGCCUCGCCCUGCUGCUGGCUGCGGGGCUGCUGCACGCCCAGCCCAGCGCCCCGCCGCGCUCCUUCCAGCUGGACUACGAGCAUGACUGCUUCCGCAAGGACGGCGUCCCUUUUCGCUACGUCUCGGGCAGCAUCCAUUACGCCCGCGUCCCGCGCCCCGCCUGGCGCGACCGGCUGCUCAAGAUGUACAUGAGUGGGCUCAACGCCGUGCAGGUCUACGUGCCCUGGAACUACCACGAGCCGCUGCCGGGGGUGUACGACUUCGCUGGGGACCGGGACGUGGAAGCCUUCCUGGACCUGACAGCAGAGCUGGGGCUCCUGGUGAUCCUGCGCCCGGGGCCCUACAUCUGUGCCGAGUGGGAGAUGGGCGGCCUGCCUGCCUGGCUGCUGUGGAAAUCGGACAUCGUCCUGCGCUCCUCCGACCCCGCCUUCCUGGCUGCUGUUGACUCCUGGCUCCACGUCCUGCUCCCCAAGAUCAAGCCUCGGCUCUACCAGCACGGGGGGAACAUCAUCAGCGUGCAGGUGGAGAACGAAUACGGGAGCUACUACGCCUGCGAUUACGACUACCUGCGGCACCUGCUGGGCUCCUUCCGGGCGCUGCUGGGCAGCGAGGUGCUGCUCUUCACCACCGACGGUGCGCAGGCGGAGGAGCUGCGCUGUGGCACCCUGUGGGGGCUCUACGCCACCGUCGACUUCGGGCCAGACUCCAACGUGACAGAGGCGUUCGGUGCCCAGCGCAGCAUCGAGCCGAGGGGACCCCUGGUGAACUCCGAGUACUACACGGGCUGGCUGGACUACUGGGGGGGCACGCACGCCAGCACCAGCGCCGUGCAGCUGGCCCGGGGACUCGCCGACAUGCUGCGGCUGGGAGCCAGCGUCAACAUGUACAUGUUCCACGGGGGCACCAACUUCGCCUACUGGAGCGGUGCUGACUUAAAGGCCCAGUACAAACCAGUGACCACCAGUUACGACUACGACGCACCGCUCUCAGAGGCCGGAGACCCCACGGAGAAGCUGUUUGCCAUCCGCAUGGUCAUCAGCAAGUUCCAGCCCCUGCCCGUGGGCCCGAUGCCCCCCGCCACCCCCAAGUAUGCCUACGGCCGGGUGGAUCUGCGCAAGUUUGCUGAUCUCCUGGACGUCCUGGAUGUCCUGUCCCCCUCCGGGCCCAUCCGCAGCCAGUUCCCCCUCACCUUCGAGGCCAUAAAGCAGGCCCACGGCUUCGUGCUGUACCACACACAGCUGCCCCGCGACGUCCCAGCCCCAGCCCUGCUGAGCGCUCCUCCCCAUGGCGUCUGCGACCGUGGCUACGUGAUGCUGCAGAAGGAGUACCAGGGGACGCUGGAGCGGGACGGGCAGACCACGCUGCGUGUGACCGGCAGGGCAGGGGACGCACUGGACGUGCUCCUGGAGAACAUGGGCAGGCUCAGCUUCGGGGCCAACUUCAGUGACUUCAAGGGUUUGCUGGGGAACCUCUCCUUGGACUCCAGCCCGCUCAGCAACUGGCUCAUCUACCCGCUGGCUGUAGAUGCUGCCGUGCAGCAGGGCUGGCCCCACGCUGCCCUGCCACAGUCAAGCAGCAGGGGCAGAUCGGGGCCAGCCUUCUACACCGGGACCUUUGAGACCCCUGGCAUUGCCUGGGACACCUUUGUGAAGUUCCCAGGUUGGAGCAAGGGCCAGCUGUGGAUAAAUGGCUUCAACCUGGGCCGUUACUGGCCCCGCCGUGGGCCCCAGCAGACCCUCUUUGUGCCUGGCUCAGUCCUGCGUGUUGGCUGCCCCAACAACAUCACGGUGCUGGAGCUGGAGGGAGCACCUCCCACCCCCUUCCUGCUCUUCCUUGACCAACCCCUCCUCAACAGGACCCUCAGCCCCAGCACCUGGACUGCAGAAUAAACGUGGGGCUGCCAGGCACUGUCACAUACCUGGUACAUGUCUCGUGCACACCAUGGUACGUGGGCGAGGGCAUGGAGGAGGGCACGAGGACAUGGCUGCCCUGGAGAAGGAUUACGAGGAGGUGGGCCUGGACUCCUACGAGGACGAAGAGGAGGCGAGGAGUAGAGAAGCCAUGGCCCAAGAGGACCUUGCUCCUUUUCCCGUGUCCCCUGCGGGAACCCUUUGCAAUAAACCGUUUGAGAGCCUCCGUGUCUCCCAGUAA